UUUGGCAGUUGCACUAUAUCAUCUCGCGCACGUAUCAGCACCACUGUAGCGAGUGCUGCGGUCAGGGCCAUCUUUGCUUGUUCUCGCCGGUCGGACCACAGGCAGUCAUCAAUUGUGAUACUUAUCAAAUAAAUUGGGUGAAAACUGUUUGAAAAGAGAUACAUUUUUCCUUUGUACGGUAACAAUCUGUUUAGACGUUCUGUAUAAAUAUAUUCUUGUGUCAACACCGUUUUGCUGAUUUUUUUGUAGCGGAAAUUUGGUUAUAUAGGCAGGAGAUCCACUGUAAUUCAACAUGGAUGAGGAGUAUGAUGUUAUCGUAUUGGGAACCGGACUCACAGAAUGUAUUCUCUCUGGGAUCAUGUCCGUGAAUGGGAAGAAAGUUUUGCAUAUGGACAGAAAUCCAUAUUACGGAGGGGAAAGUUCCUCCAUCACACCCCUGGAGGAGCUCUAUAAGAGAUUUGGGAUUUCAGAUAACCCUCCAGAGUCAAUGGGCCGGGGAAGAGAUUGGAAUGUUGACCUUAUCCCGAAAUUUCUAAUGGCCAAUGGUCAGUUAGUUAAGAUGCUUCUCUACACUGAAGUGACCAGAUAUCUUGACUUCAAAGUGGUCGAGGGAAGCUUUGUGUAUAAAGGGGGAAAAAUCUACAAAGUGCCCUCUACUGAGACAGAAGCACUUGCUUCAAACCUAAUGGGAAUGUUUGAGAAGAGACGAUUCCGGAAGUUCCUAGUUUUUGUGGCCAACUUUGAUGAGAAUGACCCCAAGACCUUUGAGGGUGUUGAUCCCAAACUCACAACGAUGGGAGAAGUGUACAAGAAGUUUGACUUAGGACAGGAUGUCAUAGACUUCACAGGACAUGCCCUGGCGCUCUACAGGACAGAUGAUUACCUUGAGCAGCCUUGUCUGGAGACCGUCAAUAGGAUUAAACUCUACAGUGAAUCGCUGGCACGCUAUGGAAAGAGCCCCUACCUGUACCCCCUGUACGGAUUAGGGGAGCUGCCUCAAGGAUUUGCUAGGUUAAGUGCAAUUUACGGAGGAACCUACAUGUUGAACAAACCAGUGGAUGAGAUAGUGAUGGAGGGUGGCCACGUUGUGGGUGUGAAAUCUGAGGGAGAGGUUGCGCGGUGCAAACAGCUAAUCUGUGACCCCAGCUACAUCCCGGACCGCGUGCACAAAGUUGGCCAGGUGAUCCGGGUCAUCUGCAUCCUCAGCCAUCCCAUAAAAAACACUAAUGAUGCCAACUCCUGCCAGAUCAUUAUCCCUCAGAACCAAGUUAACCGCAAAUCAGAUAUCUAUGUGUGCAUGAUUUCCUAUGCCCAUAACGUGGCGGCUCAGGGGAAAUACAUCGCCAUUGCAAGUACCACUGUGGAAACAUCUGAUCCUGAAGCUGAAAUCGAACCUGCUCUGGAACUCCUUGAGCCUAUUGAUCAAAAGUUUGUGGCCAUCAGUGACAUGUAUGACCCCACAGAUGAUGGCUCAGAGAGUCAGGUAUUUGCAUCACGGUCUUAUGAUGCCACCACUCACUUCGAAACAACUUGUAAUGACAUCAAAGAUAUCUACAAGCGAAUGACAGGAAGCGACUUCGACUUUGAGAAUAUGAAGCGCAAACAGAAUGAUGUCUUUGGGGAGGACGAGCAGUGAGGGGUUGAGAGGGUAUGGGGGUGGGGGUGGUGAGGACAUGAUCUAAGGGCAGAUUGGUGAGAUAGGGCUGGUUGGAUUUGCAAUGUGAUCCCAGAAGCAUUUCUUUAUAUUCAUAGGUAAAAUGUGGUUCUAUCAUAUGUACAUUUUCAGAUGCUUGCAUAGAGACUGAAACGUACAACAUUGACAUAUUGACAGCAUUUAAAACUUAAACACUUUUAUGACUGGAUUACAGUGUAUGAAUCCUUUGGGGUUAAAAAAAACCUGCAACAGUUAUGAUUGCACACAGACAUGUCAGGAAAUGAGUGAAACACAUAAAUAUUACACUGUAACAUCAACAGUGUGCAACUUGUAUUUUAUAGUUGUUGAGCUGUAACGGCAAUUAAAUUCAGCCAUAAAAAGAGUGGGAAUAAUUAUACUAUCAGUAAUCCCAUCUGGAUGUUAUUUAUACAUAGAUAUGCCAUUCAAAAGGUCUUUAUCAGACAAUGCUUCUUUGACAUUCUCUCAUAAAAGCGCUUAUGUUUUAGGUGUUGUGAAGACGCUUACAUUGUGCGUUUCAGUGUCUGUCCAAACAUACAAAAAUGUGUGUUAAUGUGACAUUCAAAUAUCUUCGAUAUACUGAGAUAACCUUGGAAUUUGAUAUACAUGGUCUGGGUUUGGAUGUUAUGGAGCACAGAAUAGAAAGUACUGCAAUGUUGUAAAUCUCUUUCAACUGUCCUUAUCUUUUCCACAAUGUUCUUUGUUCAUUGUCUCCACACCCACCUGUGACUUUGUUUAGAUAUAUACAGUUCAGCACACAGACACAAUGCUCUAUUUCCCACAUUCCGUAACUCACUUAUCUGCACUACAAAGUGGGCUCACAGUGACAUGCUAUUUUAGAUUCUUAUUGCACACAUUCCGUAACUCACCUAUCUGCACUACAAAGUGGGCUCACAGUGACAUGCUAUUUUAGAUUCUUAUUAACGCAGUAUGCAUUGUUUUGUGCAAAAAUCCCGUUGAAGUAGAAACACGAGUCUUUUAUUUUUUUUUCUUCUUUUUCUUUUUUUUUUGGACAUAUACAUGUGAACAAAUCCUUGAAUAUUGAAGGAAAUGUAAUAUAAUUUCUUAUGAACUUAAGUGAAUUGUCCCCAAGCAUUUCCCCCUACAGAUUUGUUGGUUGGAAGCAGUACUCAGCAGUUCCACAUUAUUUGAGUCUUCAGACUGUUAGUUUUGCUCACUUUGACUUAAACAGCUCCAUUAUAACAGUAGCCUUCCAGGAAAGUGUCAUUCACAAAACAUUUAGUAAAAUCAUCAAACACCAAUCAUUAAUAUUAUACACUAUGGUUUGAGACCUGGAAAAGGAUGUAAUAUGACAUUAAUUAUAUUUACAAACACGGAAGCUAGAAAAUAAAUUUCUCUUGGGUGUAUCCUGCAAUCAAAAUCCAUUUCACACAAUGUUGUAGUAUUGAACCGACAGAGAUCCAUUUUAAUAGAUCUAACUCUCAUUUCUACCACUAAAUGGUUGUUAAAUAUAUUUAACUUUUUAUGGGUGGCUAUUUUUUGGCAACUAAAUUGAAUGAGAUGUAUAAUAUGCAGUAUAGAUGUGAAUCGUAAGCCAUUAGCUUUACAGUAACUACUUUAAAGUCUUUGUGCUAACUUGAAAACACUGUAAGGCAUCACAAUUCCUAAUGAUUUUGGUCUACAAUGUCUAGUUAUUAUGAAAGAUUUAGAUUUUUUUUGAGUAAAGGCUGAUAGAGUCAACUGAUAUUAAAUUAAAUUAUUGCAAAAAUUCUACAUGGAUCUAUCAUGAUCAGUUUACAGUUUGUAACAGGAAGUAGUUAAGGCAGAAUGAAUCAAUCUGAAACUUAAAAAGAGUGGAAGCAAUUUUCAUUACAAUAGCUGCAACAGUUUAUGAUAAUGUGAAUGUAUUGAGUAUCAGAUCCUUUGGUAUGUAAUAUUAACCAAAUCCUUUGGCAUUCCGGCUUUUGUAAACUAGGCUGGCCCCGGUCUAAAACCUGAGAACACCUACUAAUACAAAUGUGCUCUGACUUGACAAUUGCUAUGAACACUAUGCCUCUUCUUGUGAACUGUUAAGAAUAUUACUGUACCAUGCAAUGAAAAUGCAUCAAUGUUUAUUUUUAAUCAGUGAUUGACACUUAUAGUCUCUGAAUUUACUCUUGGCUGUUAGAAAUCGACUGACUUUUGACAAAAGACUGAUAAUUUUCACCCAUAUUCAUGUUGUCUUAAUCAUGCUCAUUUUUGCUUUCAGAUUAUUUCUAUUGCCAUAAGUAGUUAUAGUGGACAAUAUUCUACUGGACCAGCUAAUCAUGAUGUGUCAUUUGAACACUUGCUGUACUGCUAUCAUGUAGAAUAUGCAAGCAUUGACGUAUGUCAUGCUUUGUUUUUUUAUAUUCACCUUGCUGAGAAAAGCCUCUGACGAUUUUUCCAAAGUCACUUAUGGCCUUAUAGAUUCACAUAGAACCAUACAAUUCUUGAACUUUCUUCUUUAAUGCACACAAUUAGAUCAAAAUAACAAUGAUAACUGGAAUUUAAUAGAAUUAAGCAUCACUGUUUGGCGUUCUCUUUUGCACCUCUCCAACAUAUUGUUGCAUAUGUUUGGAUUAAGUGUAUUACUGUUAUAUUUUACUGUAUUUAUUUUUAUUUUGUCUUUUAUUUUCAUUGUUGAAACACCAUAACUAAACAUCUUAAAAACUGACACACAAACCUGAUGACUUUAAAUUGUGAAUUUCAUCUCGUGUUUGAGCAGUCUUGUGCAACAAAAAUAAAUAUGAAUACAAUGAAACUCAAAACUUUUCUUUGGUUAAAUUUGAUUAUUGGCACACAUGAAGGCAGCCUUUGCUUACUAACAUGAUGAAGAGCAGCCAAUUUAAAUUAUUUUAUAUGGAAGCAUAUAUACACAAAUGUUUAUGCCAACUUAAUGGAAGCUUAGAAAAAAUAUUUCU